AUGGCGGUCGAUGCAGGACCGGUAGCGUCGUCUCCACUGCGCCAAGUGCUGCGUCGCGAGGAGGGACCGUCCUCGGAAGUCUUGGAGGUGCUCGACGUUGCGACGAACCAGACAUACCGUAACAUGCACUUGGUGAGCUUUCAACCCAUCACCAAGGCGCUUCUGAGUGCCUCGGAGAAGGCAGCCGAGCGCUACAUUGGCAUGUUCCAAUUGACAUACGAGGCCGCGGGAACGGCUCGAAGGAUUCGGGUUAGCUAUGAGAUGUCCGAUACGCAAGUCAAUCGGCUGAUUGCGCUCCGAACGCUUCAAGAAGUGGCAAUAAGACCAGAUAUGCCCACGGGUACUUCCAUUGCCGCAGCAGACUGGAAACCCAGACCGACCGCUAUUGUGGGAGGAGCGGCCAGUUCCGUUUCCUUAGCUUUGGCUAAUUUGGCGGGGAUCUAUCAAAUCCCUCAAAUCUCAGGAACGUCGUCUGCUACGGCUCUCGAAGACAAGCUAGCUGCUCCUUACUUUUCUCGUACAUAUCCCACCAAUCAAGCGGAUGCGGAAGCUCUCAUGGUCUACUACAAGUCCAUUGGCGUGACACACUUUGGUUUGAUCUUUGGUCGAGAUUUGUAUGGACAAGGAUUCGGACAAGCUGUGAUCCAGGCGGCCGCAAGACACGACAUUGAAAUCAAAUUCUUCGCCUAUGAGAUUGUCAAGGAUGGGUUUCAGCCUCUCAAAGAGGGCCUCCAGUUCUUGGCAUCGACGAAGGUUAGAUACUUCUUUGCCGUUUUACACUACGAAUCAUACAAGGCGGCCUUUCGAGAGGCAUACAACUUGGGUAUUAUGGGGCACCCUGGCUACGUAUGGACCCUCGGUGACAACAAUGCGGAGCUGACAACGGAUGAUUUUACGCUGGACAAUGAAACGGAAAGCGAUAUCGCCAAGGCUAUUCAUGGGGUGGGAGUUCUGCUUCCGGGAAUUGAAAUACAUCCAGUUAUUGCCGACGUCAUGACAAACCAAUUCAAGACCAAUCAGCAGCUUCAACGGGACUUUGUGGCAGCACACCAGAGUAAUCUACAUCAUUACUUUGACGACAUCAACUUUGCCAACAACAGUAUGCUACCAUCAUUUUAUGCCGGGAUGGUUUAUGAUGCUGCCAUGACGGCAAUGUUGGCGGCCUGCGACAUUCAAGACACCGGAUACUUCUCGUCCGAACAAUUGCUUGAUGCCAUGCGGCAACAGGCCUUUCAGGGAGCUACUGGCUAUGUCACCUUCAACAACAUAACUGGCACAAGAGAUCUACUCGGACUCCGUUACACUAUUACCAAUGUCCUCGUUGCCGAGGAAAGCCAACAACUCACACCUGGACGGAUCCAUUUCAACGCAACCAAACGGAUUGGGGUGGAAUUCCCAUCAGAUGUGAUUGAUCUAGGGGAGGGACCGUUCAUCUUUUCGGACAACUCAGCAACACCUCCUGAAGCAUUACCGCCGAGAGAAGUCAAUUUGAACCUGAUUCCAAAGGGUGUACAGGCCUUUGGCUGGUCACUAGCUGCUUUUAUCAUUGUGCUCUCCUUGCGGUGCAUGGUUUUCACCUACUGGAAUCGGGACAAACGGGCUGUAAAAGCGCACCAGCCAGAGUUUCUUUUCAUCAUCUCGUUUGGAUGCUUGCUGUUGGCUUGCGCCGUAAUCCCAAUGUCAUUCCAAGAGCCAAUUAGCCAAUCAGUCUUGGACAGGGCUUGCAUGUCCCAGUUGUAUCUAGUAUGCCUUGGAUUCUGCGUCUCCUUUUCUGCCCUCUACUGCAAACUCUACCGCAUCAACAAACUGCUCAAGGGCGCCAAGAACUUUCGCAGGGUUAAGGUGGAUGUCAAAGACGUCUUGUACCCCUUGGUGAUUAUGGUGACAUUGAAUCUUGUGGUCCUCAUUUGCUGGCAGGUUCUGGAUCCGCUGACAUGGAGACGCUUGCCUACAAAGGAAUCCCAAGAUGGCUUUGGUCGUGAUACAUCGACGUACGCCCAGUGCUCGAGCAUCAACAGACAUUCAGAGGUCAUCUUUGGAUGCCUGCUCUUUGCAAUCAACUUCGUUGCUCUUCUGAGUGCUAAUUGGGAAGGGUACCAGGGUCGAAACUUGCCAAGCCAAUUCAAUGAAGCGGGGAGAAUCGCCAUGUCCAUGUUCUUCCUUAUUGAGUCCGUGCUGCUUGGGAUGCCCAUCUUGCUGGUUGUCCAAAACGACCCAACUGGAGCCUUCCACAUGGCAUCUCGAGGAGGCUCGGUCAGUCUUCCUUUCACCCUCAUCCGGAGUGGAUUUGAUGGCGGCGGGGAGUGCACACACUGUUUGGGGAACGAGUCAUUCCUUCGGUUCUCGCCGGUCGCGUGGAUCAUUUUGGCAAAGGCGACGCCCAGUGCAAAGUCAUCGAAACGAAGAGAUGCUAUAAUACAAGGUCGCCAUCCUCGCGACGGCGAAGCGCUCAGACCCAAAUCUUCGACGAGAAGUUUGCUUCAUCGCUCUGGUAGGGAUUCUACCUCUGCAAAGAAUGCGGCGCCCGUACUUGAGGGUACCCCAGGUGAAGAGGAACGCCAAAAGGAACCGAUUGAAGUCGAAUCCUCCGAUGCCGAAUCAUUUGCAGAUGAAGGCUUGGGUUUCCCAGCGCAUCCAUCAGAUGAGCAGCAUAACAACGAAGCGGUCGAUGUUAAAACCUCCGCCCAUGACACAUUUGAAAAUGAAGGCAUCCUGUGA